AUGUCCGCUACUAACUCUGCCAUUUCCUCUCCCUCGCGCCCUUCGCAGUCGCCGUCCCGACAGCAGGCGACAUCCCAAGACGUGUACGAUCUUAUUAGGGGAAUUUUGUAUCAGCAGAGCCCGGCCAAAGGCGACGCGUUCGACGCGCCUUCCUUCCCCGGCACGCGGACCGCUGCGCAGGAUGGACAAGGGGGGUACCCUUCUGCGUCACGCCCUACUAUUGUGUUCUCCGGUCUUUUGGAGGGCGCUAUGACGGAGGGCAGCGAAGGCGGGAGACUACUGGAGCGCUGUAUUGGUUUGGGGCAACCCUCUGACUCCUGGAACUCUUGGAACGAGCCCGGCGGGAGCGGCCUAGACAUGAGGAGUCUCGAGGCGAAGAUGCUUGAUUUCCAGGGACCAGACAACGCGAGCCGCUUCGAUCCCGCGCUGGUCGAUUUCGACUUGCCUCUCUCGCGGGACCCUCUUCGCGUCGAGCAUGAGCAAGAACACGCAGAGGCUAUACCACAGCCAUACACGUUCGACUAUUCUUACCUGCCUGCGGAGGUUCCUGUGCAGGCCACUGAUCAUGCGCUCCCGUCCUCUCGCCUCGAAGUCCCCGAUACGAACUCGCGCACGGCUCGUUUCUGGCCAGUCCCUCCGUUUGGCAUGGCACUUACUACGGGAAUGGCACCUUCUACGGGCAUGGCAUACCCUGCGGAGAUGUCGUAUCCCCUCCUGGAAGCGGGACCGUCCGGUCUCCCAGAGGAUGUACUGGUACCAUCCACACCACCGCCGCAGACGGUCGACCUCGUUCAGCAAUCAUGGCUGAUGGGCGAUCGCAAGCGCCUCCUGACGGAGGAGCAGGACACCUCAGACGCACCUCGGCUGGCCAAGAAGCACAAGGGCCCUAGAGUGGAGACCCAGUCGACUCCCCCGCGGCGGACCUCCGCAAGGAAGAACCGCGCGCGCAAACUUGUCGCUGCUCCUUCACUGCCUGUCGCGGGUCCCUCGAACCUUCGCAGCGCCGCGGCGGACCAGGAUGCAGCGUCUGUCUACGAGUCGGACCCAAAUGAGGAUACCGACCGCGACAGGAAAGAUUACGCCCCCGAUGGAACGGGAACGGCCACGACGCGUACGAAGCGGGCGCGGCGCACCAAGGACCAGAUCAAGGCGGUCACACGCACAGACCUCCCAAAGAUCCACUGUCCUGUCGAGGGUUGUGAGACUAUGUUCGACCCCUUAACGCACGACGCGAACCGCGAUCAUCUCGAGCGGCACUACGAGACGGAAUUGCAAGUGGGGGUGGGCGUCGAGUCGGAGCGGGGAUCUGCCGCUGCACUUGGCGAGGAGGCACAAGAGUUAGUGGACGUCGAUUUCAUGAUGAACAAUUUGAUGUGUAUUGUUGUGUUAGUGCGGAGGGAGGAUGAUGACGCUCCGUAG